AAUUCCCACUUGGGUCUAGAUCACCGUCAGAGGCGUACAGGGUUUGCAAUCGACGAUUCAUCCCACAUUUCAAGCCACAGCAGCAUGGUGCUGGAAGGGAUCACUGUGGCGCUUUGUCUCACACGACCUCAGCCUGAGCUCAAAAACAACAGACACCCAGAAAACCAGCUUGAGCAACUGGAACUGAUAGACCUUUGCUGAAAUGGCUGAUGAGCCCAGAGCACCUCCCCUCCGUCUAGGAUCUCUGGCUCCUAACUUUGAAGCAGAAACGACAGUGGGAUUCAUCGAUUUCCAUGAGUGGAUUGGCAACAAAUGGGCUAUCCUCUUCUCUCAUCCUGAAGACUAUACUCCAGUAUGCACCACUGAGCUUGCAGCUUUAGCCAAGUAUGAGCCCGAAUUCAAGAAACGCGGGGUCAAGUUGAUUGGGCUGUCAGCCAAUUCUGUUGAGACUCAUGGAGGAUGGAUCAACGACAUUGACGAAAUCGCUGGAUGUGCAAUGUCUUUCCCUAUCAUAGGAGAUAAAGACCGACAGAUCGCCUUCGCUUAUGACAUGCUCGACCAUCAAGAUACCACGAACGUGGACUCACGCGGAAUAGCUUUCACCAUCCGCUCAGUCUUCAUAAUCGACCCGUCCAAAACCAUCCGUCUCAUUCUCGCCUAUCCUGCUUCCACGGGCCGCAACACAGCAGAGCUGCUCCGAGUCAUCGACUCUCUUCAAGCAAGUGACAAGCAUCGUAUUACUACGCCUGUCAACUGGAAGCCUGGAGACGAUGUCAUCGUGCACCCUACGGUGAGUACGGAGGACGCGAAGAAAAGAUGGCCCGCCAUGAGGGUUGUGAGGCCGUAUUUAAGAUAUACGACUUUAUCAAAGGAAGAGGUACUUGCUGCGAGGGUUUGAUAGUAUGGGUUUCUGAGCCUAUAAGUCUAGUGCUGAAGACGGCCUUUUUUGUUCUGAACAGCUGGAGCUGGAUUCCCGAACUCGAUAGCUUUGGCAGAGUUCAUACUUUCGUUUGGUAGUGUUUGAGCUUGAAGUGUGUUCGUUGGCUAGGAAAUUUCUGGGAGUCUUUGGGUGGUGUUAUGACCAAUGAGAUCCAUAUACGAACGAUCGAACGAAACCAGAAGUAGCGAAAUAUACCAUAUAUACGAGGUAGUUGAAGACAUUAACGAAAUGAAAUCAUUAUUCAUGCC